UGAGCCCAUGUGUAUAGAGGCCCAUGUAUAUAACUAAUAUACCCUGUUUAGGGUUUGCUAUGGGAAGAUCACUGUUCAUCAUGGUAUCAGCCUAGGUUUGCUCUCUCUCCUCUCUCCACCCCCCAGCCCACCGCCGCCCGGCUUUCCCGCCGCCGCGCUGGUCCUCAAGGGGGUGCCGGCCGCGGGCGCCGCGGCUCCUCUGCUCCAAGCGCCGCAGGGGCCGCCGCCGGCGCAGGGGCCGCGGCAGCAGCCGCCUGUCGCCCUGGGCCCCCUGCAGCCCGAUGCCGCCGCCGCUGGCGCGGGCGUCGGGGCUGCGGGGCCCCAGCAGCGCGCCGCCGUCGAUCCGGCUGCCCUGCGGGCCGCUGCGCAGCUGCUGCAGGCCGCGGGCGCCGAUCCGGUCGCCCUGCAGGCCGCUGUGCAGCUGCUGCCGGCCGCGGGCGCCGAUCCUGUCGCUGCGGCCAAGCAGCCCGUCGUCGAUGCAGCGCCCGGUGUCGCACGGUCUGGCCUCGGGAUGGCGCCCGAGGAUGCGCCGCUCUCCGCCGCUGCCUUCCGUGGGCAGCAGGCCGACGCCGCUCUCGCCGUGGCCCUCCUCGCCGCCAAGUCGGAGGCUUCGGCGGCCCAGGAGCGGGUCCGUGUGGCAGCCCUCGCCUGGGAACGCGAGCGCGCCACGGCCGACGCCCUCGCUCUCCGGGUCGCUGAGGCGGAGCGCUACCUCCGCAUCUCCUCCGGCCAGCCCGUCGACCCUGAGCACGGCGCCUCCUCCUCCUUCCUGGCCCCGCCCGCUAGAUCUGGAGCCCGGUACGACCCGACCAACCCCAUGGUCGCGCAGCUCCACCUCCAGGCAGCCGCCGUCCAGAACAUCAGGGCCCUGGUCUCCGUCCUCCUCGACCCCGCGUCCUCCUCAUACGGCCGCUGGCGGGACCAGGUCCUCCUCACCCUCCGCCGCUACGCCCUCGACGACCACGUCCUCGUCGACUCGCCAAUCGAGGCGCGGGAUGUGGUGUGGCUGCGCCUCGACAGCGUCGCCAUGUCCUGGAUCUUCGGGACCAUCUCCCUGGAUCUUCAGGACCUCGUCAGGACCCACGGCGGCACUGCGCGGCAGGCUUGGGUGGCGCUCGAGGGGCAGUUUCUCGGCAACGCCGAGUACCGCGCCCUCCAGCUCGACACCACUUUCCGCACCUUCGUCCAGGGGGACCUCUCCGUCGGUGAGUACUGCUGGCGGAUGAAGAGCAUGGCUGAUGCUCUUCACGACCUCGGGGAUCCGGUGUCCGAUCGGGUCUUGGUGCUCAAUGUCCUACGGGGCCUGAGUAGCACCUACGACCACCUGAAGAGCUGGAUCGCCCGCCAGAGGCCCUUUCCCACCUUCCUGCAGGUCUGGGACGACCUCGCCCUUGAGGAGAUCACCAGGGGUCUCGCGCCCGGAUCCUCCUCGCCCAACCCCGCCGCGCUCGUUGCUGCUCCUGCCACCUCCCUCCUUGGUGCUGCUCCCGCCAGGCAGACCGGAGGAGGUGGGGGCCGUGGACGUCGCCGGCGACGGGGUGGUGGUGGUGGCACUGGUGGCCCUGCUCCUGGGGGUACUGGUACCGGUGGGGGCCGUCGGGGCGCGCCGACCCCGGCUCCCGCUCCUGCCCCUGCCCCUGGAGGUACGCCCUGGCCAUCCUUCAGCAACCCAUGGUCAGGGCGCAUCUCGAUGUGGCCGUUCCAGGGUCCGGCGGGGGGGGGGGGGGGGGGCUUCGUCCUCAGCUCCAGCCGGCGGCCAUGUUCACUGGUGCUGCUCCACUCUUCGCGCCGUCCUGGACCCCGCCCGCUCAGCCCAGCCAGCAGCCGACCUGGCCUGGGGGGUGGGGCCAGGCCGCUCUGGCGCAGUCCUUUAGCACCAUGGGACUGACGCUGCCGGCCAGCACCGAGUUGAUCGCCGACUCGGGUGUCUCGUUCCACACCACUCUUGAUGCCGUGUGAAGGAUUCGGCUUCUCGGCGUCCACUCCUCCGAUGUGACAGCCCGGGGCCCCUUUACACCCUUCGACUUCCUGCUUCCGCUGCCUCGCCGUCGGCUUCUUUGUCUGCUGCUUUUGCCGUGACUCCUUCCACCACCUGGCACCGCCGGCUUGGUCACCCCGGCCGCGACGUUUUGGCUCAGCUCAGCUGAAGUACCGAUGCUCCUUGUACUAAGGCUCCUGCUGAGCACCUCUGUCAUGCGUGCCAGUUAGGUUGUCAUGUUAGACUUCCGUUUUUUUCUUCUUCUUCGCAUGCUGCGCAUGCUUUUGAUCUGAUUCACUGUGACCUAUGGACAUCUCCUGUACUCAGCCUGUCUGGUUAUAAAUAUUAUCUAGUCAUUGUUGAUGAUUUUUCUCAUUACUCUUGGACUUUUUCUUUGCGCGCCAAGUCUGAGACCUUCCCCACCCUCCUCCACUUCUUUGCCUGGGUAUCCACUCAGUUUGGCCUAACAGUUAAGGCCGUCCAGUGUGACAACAGGCGGGAGUUCGAUAACUCCACCUCCCGGUCCUUCUGUCUCGGGGUGUUCUGCUGCGUAUGUCAUGUCCAUAUACCUCUCCUCAGAACGGCAAGGCUGAGCGGAUGAUUCGCACGACGAACGACGUCGUGCGCACCCUUCUGAUCCAGGCCUCUCUGCCCCUGCGCUUCUGGGCUGAGAGCCUACACACCGCCACCUACCUGCUCAACCGUCUCCCGUCCACUGCUUCUCCUGCUCCCACUCCACACCACGCUCUCUUCGGUACCCCUCCUCGCUACGACCACCUUCGAGUCUUCGGGUGUGCGUGUUACCCUAACACCUCCGCCACCGCUUCUCACAAGCUGGCGCCCCGCUCGACUCGUUGUGUGUUCCUCGGGUACUCCCCUGACCAUAAGGGGUACCGAUGCCUUGACCUCACCUCUCGCCGC